GCCAGGGCACAGCUAUCAGCUUUUCAGGUCGCGCCUGCAGUUCAUCGGCCUUCGUCGCGGGGAAAAGCGUCACAAUGAGCGUGAUUCUCUGUACUGCGGGAUAUGACCACACCAUCAGAUUCUGGGAAGCAUUGAGCGGAAUAUGCUCACGCACCAUUCCUCAUCCUGAUUCCCAGGUCAAUCGCCUGUGUAUCAGCCCCGACAAGAGAUACCUGGCUGCUGCCGGCCACCAUACCGUGAAGCUGUACGAAAUCAAGUCAACCAAUCCCGCCGCAGUCCUCACCUUCGAAGGCCAUACGGGAAACAUCACCGGCGUCGCAUUUCAUUGUGAGGGCAAAUGGAUGGUGACGUCUUCAGAAGAUGGCACUGUGAAAAUCUGGGAUACACGAAGCGGUCACAUCCAGCGAAACUAUUCACACGGCGUUCCUGUCAACGACGUUGUCAUCCACCCUAACCAGGGCGAACUCAUUUCCUGCGACCGCGGCGGAAACGUUCGAAUCUGGGAUCUUGGAGAGAACAAGUGCAGCCACCAAUUGGUGCCUGAAGAAGACAAAAGCGUUGCAUCUGUCACCGUUGCCACAGAUGGAUCUCUUCUCUGCGCAGCCGUCAGCGGAAGCACUAACGGUGCUGUCUUCGUUUGGCGACUGAUCACAGUUCGAGAUGUGACCAGUCUGGUACCUGUCACCAGAUUCAAGGCACACGGAACAUACAUCACUCGCGUCCUCCUCUCACCCGAUGUGCGGAAGCUCGCAACAUGCUCUGCCGAUCACACUGCACGUAUCUGGACUGUCGAUCUUGACAAUGUCACCCCUCCCGAUCAGCACAAAGAAGAUGAAGAUGGCGCAUCAGCUCGUCAAAGCUCCGAUGAGAACUCAGGUGCAUUUCCGUUGGAAAACGAGCUCGAUGGCCAUCAGCGAUGGGUCUGGGACUGCGCGUUCUCUGCCGAUUCUGCGUAUCUUGUCACUGCCUGUUCAGACCACUACGCUCGGCUGUGGGAGCUGCAGAGCAAAACUAUCAUUCGUCAGUACAACGGCCAUCAUCGAGGCGCUGUAUGCGUUGCUCUCAAUGACUACUCAGAAAGCCGAUGA